AUGAGUAAAGAUAAUAACGAUUUUCAUUUACAAUCUAAUACUUUACCACCAUGUUCUCAAACAUGUUCCAACAGUUCACGAGCACGACCAUCAAGACCAUCUUCAGGAAAUCGAAUCUUACACGGUAGGUUGUCUAGCCCAUCAUCGUCACUAUCAAAAGUUGCUCAUCGAAGACGAAAUUUAUCUUCACCAGCUUUUCUCGAUUUUGUUUUCCAUGCAGAUUUAACAUCAAACAAAGAUGAUUAUGAAACAGCAAAACAAAUUGUUAUGAAAGCUAUGCAGCAAAUAGAUUUGAUAGUACCUGGUGCUUCAGGAGUACCAUCAUUAACUGAAUCAAGAGGAAAAACCCAUUACCAUCAUUUAUCAAUUCAGCCUUUAAGUGCCGAUCUUGAAAUCGCAACUUUUCUGAUUUUAUUUUGUGAUAACGAGUCAACAGAUUUUCAAACAUUUUGGAAAAAUCAUACUCGAGUUUUACCACGCCUCAGUCAAAUUGCACGUCAAUACAAUGCUAUUCCAGCAGCAUCUGUUUAUUUAGAACAAGUUUUUAGUGUGACUGGUGCAAUUAAAAAUAUACGACAGGCGUCUAUGUCUUCAGUAACAUUACGUAGUCUAAUGAUCUUAAGAAAGAAAAAGAACAUUGAGAAACUUCGCUCAUUUUCUCUUCCAUAA